AUGACCUCCUCCGCCUCAAAACGCCUCUUCAAAGAAUACAAGUCCCUCUCCUCCGACCCCCCAGAAGGCAUAACCGCAGGUCCCAUAAACGAAGAUGACAUGUUCGUGUGGGAAGCUUUGAUCCAAGGACCCGAAGGCACACCCUUUGAAGGCGGAGUUUUCCCCGCGGAAUUAAGAUUCCCCAAGGACUAUCCGCUUGCGCCGCCGAAAAUGAAGUUCGUCACAGAGAUGUGGCAUCCUAAUGUGUACCCCAAUGGCGAAGUUUGCAUAUCGAUCCUCCACGCGCCCGGCGAAGACCCGCUCCAAUACGAACAAGCUAGCGAACGAUGGUCGCCGAUUCAGUCUGUAGAGAAGAUAUUGAUCAGUGUUAUGAGUAUGCUGGCUGAGCCGAAUGACGAGAGUCCUGCGAACGUGGAUGCUGCACGGAUGUGGAGGGAGAAGAGGGCGGAAUAUGAGAAUAGGGUUAGGGCGAAUGUUAGGAGGAGUCUAGGGCUAUGA